AUGGCUUUCUUGGCUCGUUUAUCUGGUGCUCUUGUUGUAUUGACUGUUUUUCAAUGUUUAUGUGGUGCAGUGAGCGCUGAGGGGGUGGUUGGAUAUGAGAGAAGGCAGAUGAGAGAGAGGAGUGUGGGUGCUGGGAGUAAGAGAGCAACAAAUACUCUAGCUACUCGGGACGCAAACAACACCGCUCUUCAAUUCGGGUCAGGUGUAACUCGAGCGGCCAAUGUCACAGGAGGGCCUGAAGUUCAAGAAGUAGACUUUGUAGACGGCUUGGAAUUCUGUCUACAAUCGAACCAAGCCAUGACUUUCAACGUCGAAAUCGAUAAUGGCAUCAACCCGGGGACCUUGCCAGACAAUACCACGGCUUUGAAUUCCUUCUCUUGGGUAGUCACUUCCAGCGCGCCCUUGACGCAAGUAAAUGCGCAGAUGUUUGUCCCAUUCAACAGGACGAAACUUGUCGCCAUGCAUCCAAAUGGAUCGUCCCCUUCCACAAUGCUCAUGGUUUACAAACGCCCUUUGAAUGCCACGUCCGGCGGGUUCCUUCCUGUCAACGCCAAUCAACAAAUCGUGCGCGAAUUGCCUGAAGAUCGGAUUAUGGUACCGUUAACGCAAAUGGACGGACGGUAUACAGUACUGGUGACUCAAGCAAGACCAGUAGGAGGGACCGGGGCAUUAAAGUUGAGUCCAAUCCAAAUACUCGCUAGUCGCAAGGCCGGUCGUAGUCUGGCUUGA